GGUUUUCAGUUUGUGUUUUAUUGAGCUUGAGUUGAGUCUCAUGUUCAUGUGAACUGCUGGUGCAACACAAGAGCAACUCUUCAUCACUCACUUCCUCGUCAUCCUCAUCAUCAGAGGUUCCGUGUGAGAGUCAGACAACACUCGCCGGAUCACGGGAAUCAAAGGGAAAAUAUCAUCACGGACAGGAGCGAAAAGAAACAUGGACAGAAGAGGUUUGAUGUGUCUCUUCUGCCUGCUGACAACUGUGAGCACAGAGGAGCUUUCCAUCAAAAAGCCUGAAGAAGGUGAAGAGAGUCUAGCACUGGAGUGUUCUGGAGGAACAUUUGAGAUGAACGGCAAUAAAACAUUGCAACUUUCAUGGCAUGAGUCUGGAGAUUAUCUUUGCAAAGGGGACAGUAGUGAAAGCGUUACAAUUACAGUAAGAGUCCGAAACAGUGAGAAUCUGAUCCAGCUGGACAUCAUGACAACCGUCGCUAUAGUGCUGGGUGACAUCGCAGCGACCGCUCUGAUCGGAUGGGCCGCUUACAGCAUCUGUGCUCAACCCAAACCCAAGAACAACUAUCAGAGAAAUAAAGCAUCUGACAGGCAGAAUUUAAUCAAUAAUUCAGGAGGAGACACGUAUCAGCCGCUGAGCACCCGCUCGGACGACUACAGCACGCUUCAACCAACACGCAAGAAUAAAAACCGAGCUGUUUCACCCUAAACACGACAUCAAGACAACAUUUACAGUCAAUGACCAAAUUCAGAAGAAAUGUCUGUGUAGUUAUUACUCCAGCUUCUGUUUAUACCUAUUCAUAUUUACACUCUCACUAGAUUAUUCUGAACACAAAUCUUACAUUUAUAACAAAUCUCUCUGUUAUUCUAACAAAGUGAUGACGUAAGAUUAACAUGAAGAGUUACAAAAUAAAGAUUUCCAAAUGAAGAGGAAAAUUGUAUAUAUUCAUGUUCAUAUCGUCACUGUACUUCUGAAACCUCGAAAGUUCAAAUCGUUCAGCGAAUGGAAAAAACAUUGUACUUAUGAAAUGAUUCAGUACUGCACCUUUUUAAUGCUUUUUAUUACUUAGAUAUUAGCAAAACUCGGUGACAAACAUAAAGGUGUCUAAUAAUAGUGAUUCAUGACAAAACAAAUAUGAAGAUAUGAUGUUUCAGAAGGACAGAAGCCAUAUGUAUUGAGUAACAUCACUUACCUACAAUAGAUAACUUGGCAACACUUUACAUUAAGGUACCCUUUAUGAAGCACUUAUAAAUGUGUUUAUUAAUGAUUAAUAAGUCAUUUACAAAUGCAUUAUAAAGCAGUUAUAACUGCAUGAAUAAAAAGAUCUACAUUCUCCAAGUCUGACAGCCUAUAUUGCAAACAACAUCAAGAUAAUAAUGAAUCUGCUUUUGAGUCAAAUAAAUAAUGAAUAAAUGCAUUUAUUAAGCUUUUAUAACAUGUGAGUUAAAAAUGGCUCACUAUUUGGUAUUUGGUUAGAAUCCCUCUUUUUAUUCAUGCAGUUAUAACUGCUUUAUAAUGCAUUUGUAAACGACUUAUUAAUCAUUAAUGAACACAUUUAUAAAUGCUUUAUCAAGGGUACCUUAAUGAAAGUGUUACCGAUAACUUGAACAUUAAAGAUGAAUAAAAGCUGUUUAUUGUUUGUUCGUUACAAAUACACUUUAGUUCAGAUUGUGCAUUAAUGUGAACAGAUAGGACUUUAGAUAAAAAAAACAUGAACUAACACGAAUAAAUACAAAAUAAGUUUUGUUUAUUGUUUGUUCGUGUUAACUGAAGUUCAUGAAUGUAAACACAUUGUAAUGUGUGACCACCGUGUGUUAAUAAAAAAAAUAUUUCCGCUACGUUUAGACCAAACGAAAUGAAAAUCAGAUCAGAGUUCUGUGAGUUUUCUCCGCUCACGUCUCAUCACAUCUCAAUGAUCAAGAUCAUAUUUGCCAUUUGCAGUAAAUGUUGCUGUUGUAGACGCACGGACGAAUAAACGAUAAUGCAAAAUAACAUUUACUUUCACUCUUUUGAUGCGUGUUUUGAUUCAUGAAAGAUGUUUCCAGUGAGAUGUUGAGCAGAUGUUGCUGGAUUAUUAAAUCAUCAUUGCAUGUGACUAUUUGUCUGACGUUCACUGUAUAUUCAAUAAAUAUCAUUCUUUCUGUCAGAAAUGUUUCAUGUCAUCUGAUCAGCAUUGUUGCGUU